AAGUCAUGUCGGGAGCAGCAGGCCCAGCAACCGAUCAAGAAGAAGUCAACCCCGGCCAGACGUAUCCGCCAGCCCGGCAAUACCGGCCACAUCAAAUUGCCCCCCAGCACCAACAAGCCCCAGUCCCACACAUACAAGAAGCUAAAACAAACGUCUGUUAACUUUCAGCAGCUGCGCGAUAAUCAAGAAGACGAUCUCAGCAGCAGCACCAGCAGCUCCUCCACCUUUUCAUCGUCCUCGCAGCAGCAUUCGUCGGUCGACUACGAGGCGGAGGACGAGAACGAGGAUAAACAGCGACAGAGGCGUCACAAAGAUGAGAACGACAGCCUUAUACAUGUGCAGAACUUCCUCAAAUGCUUUGGUGCCAAUGCCUAUGCAGGCGCCACAGUGCGCGGCACAACCUCAACUGCGUCAAUGGGCACCGCAACCACGUCGAAGGCGGCCACAACGUCAAAUACCGAGCUGCGCAAUUGGCGUCGCACUUAUCGCACAACAACAGCUGCAGCUACCACAACAGCAACAAUAAUAACAACAACAACAGCAACAGCAGCAACAAUAACCGCCAUGCAACAAGCAACAGCAAGCACAGCAACAGCAACACCACAAACUCAGUUCACCAACUGCAAGCCGCAAAAAUUUCAAAUAAAUACAAAAUUUUUACGUAAGCCGCGUAACAAAUUGAUGAAAAUGCUGCCGACAGCAACAACAACAGCAACAACAACAACAACAACACAGCAGCAACAGGUAGAACAAGAGCAAACGCAGCUAUAUAUUGAUGAUUCCAACGCCAAAUUCAAAGACUUUUCAAUUGACUCGCUUUUGAAUAAGUAAAACGUAACAAAAUUAACAGUUAACAAUUAGCCCUAUUAUUUAUAGCCUAAUUCUUCACACAGCCACCCGCAAACCGCGUUCCUAUAAACCCCCCACUAUAAUGUAUAUUUUUUUUUGUUUAGCCAAUCGUACAGGAUGUGACACAUUAACAUAAAAAUAGAAUAUAUAUAUUAUUAAGUUGUUUAUUUAUUACAUAUAUUGGUACAACUAAUGGCGCAAUUCAUAAGUAGCAUUAGCAGGCGUAAGCAUACAUAUGUACAUAUACAAUUACUUAAUUACAAGUUAAUAAACCAUAACAAUGAUACAAUUUAA